UGUGUGUGUGUGUUGUGGCAAUCCGCUAACCUACCUCUACUUCCUGGAGAGGAGAGAAAAAAAAACUCUUCCCAGGUAAUUGUGACUGUGCUGUGCCUGGGUGUGACGCUAAAGAAUGUCAAACAAAGAGAGAGAGUGGCUGGCUCGCUUGUCGUAGCGAGGGAAUAGAGGUUUUUUUUUUUUUUUUUUUUUACCAUCCGUGUUAAUUUCCCACAGCAAACACACACAGCAGGAAGCCGGCCUGGAAACAACAGCCCUUACCUGCUCUAUCUGGAGGCACUGACAGUGGAAAGGGUGGAGGGAUGUUUAACACUCUGUAUGAGUGGUUCUGGUGGGACAGAAUCUGGUUACCCAGGAACCUGACUUGGGCUGACCUGGAGGACAAGGAUGGACGGGUCUAUGCCAAAGCAUCACAUCUCUAUGUCACUGUCCCCUACGCCUUGGCCUUCUUACUUAUCAGAUACAUGUUUGAAAGGUGGAUAGCAACACCAGUUGCAGUCUCUGUUGGGAUAAAGCAGAAAGUCCAUCUGAAAGUAGAGGACAACCCUAUCCUGGAGGUCUACUACACUACUCGCUAUAGAAAUCCUGCUCAGGCAGACAUUGCGGGGCUGUCUAAGAAAAGCUCUUUGUCAGUCAGACAAGUUGAACGCUGGUUCAGAAGACGACGCAGCCAAGACCGCCCUGGAGUCCUGAAGAAGUUCAGAGAGGCCAGCUGGAGGUUUGUCUUUUACAUGUUUGCGUUCAUCGGAGGAAUAGCAGCACUGUACGAUAAAGAAUGGUUUUACGACACCCGGGAAGUAUGGACAGGUUUUCCAAAGCAGUCCAUGCUGGAGUCUCAGUACUGGUAUUAUAUCUUAGAGAUGAGCUUUUAUGGGUCUCUUCUCUUCAGCGUUGCCUUUGAUGUCAAGAGAAAGGACUUUAAGGAGCAAAUCAUCCACCACUUGGCCACACUGGUUCUCUUAUCAUUCUCCUGGUGUGUCAACUACAUUCGUAUAGGAACUCUGGUCAUGCUCGUCCAUGAUACCUCUGAUGUAUUACUGGAGUCUGCCAAAUUAUUCAACUACGCCAAAUCGGAGAAAAUCUGCCAAACUCUUUUUAUUAUCUUUGCCAUAGUGUUUAUGGUGACACGACUGAUCAUUUUCCCAUUCUGGCUGAUCCAUUGUACCUGGGUCUACCCCGUUCACCAUUACCCUGCCUUCUUUGGAUACUACUUCUUCAAUGUGAUGCUGGUCAUCCUUCUCUGCCUGCACAUAUUCUGGGCCUACCUUAUUCUCCGCAUGAUCAAAAAAUUUCUGAUUGGCUCUCUGAAGGGAGAUGAGAGAAGUGACAAUGAAGAGGAAGAGGAGGAGGAGGAUGGGUCCACAGCGACGGAAGACGAAAGUGAGGAACAGCACAAGACUGGAAAUGGAUUGGCAGUUGAUGAGAAGGAGGACAAGAAUGGCUGCUUUGGAUGCUUGUCUCCACCAGAGAACAUCUGCCGGUCAAAGACAGUCUGCUGACUCAUGCUCAGUAUGAGUCAGCAUUAUGAAGAUGUGAUUAAUAGAACAAUGGUAAAUACAUUUCAACCAAUAUGUACCAAAAAUCAGCAAAACGUGAUUUAUAUUCCUUCAGAUGAUGGAUGAUGGAAGUCCACCUAACCCAAAUAAGCCUUGUUGUUCUCACAGUGUUUUGAACUGCACACAUACGGGAAGGACUUUGAAAUGUUUUCAGCUCGUUUCCUGACUGAUUGUGAUGUUACCGGCGGCGCUUCAUUGCCCCGCAGGUCAAAGAGACCAGAGAAAGCAAAACACAAACCCCGCUGUGCUUAUCAGCACAUCUAAUUUGUUCUGUAUUAUUUGUGAAGUGCAGAGCUGCUGUGCUGUGGAUCGUUCACCUCACUGUUUCAUCCAUCAAGUCCUGCUGGCCUUUAUUUCAACCCUCUGUUUGGCUCGCACCACUUAUUUAUGGCCACAGAGAGAUAAAUGGAAUUCAGUAACACCAUGUACUGUUAGGGGACUCUGAGCCCUUCCUUUGGAAAGCCUAACAAAAAGAUUCACAUUUAGUUAUUAAAGUUAAUUGACAUGCAGCAAACCUGGGACCUUUAGAACCCACCAAAGGGAUCUGUGCUUUAUCUAUCUGGUAAUCCUCAAUUAUGGACAUGUUUUUUUCUGGAUAAGAUCAAAAACUGGAAGCAGGAAGAAAUGUUAUGUGGCAAUAUUUCAUCAUAUUUUCUCAUUUAUGGAGCUGCCAUUGAUUAAUGCUCAAACUCAAAAUGCACAUGCAAAGCAAUACAGUCUGUCAGGGCUUUAAAGUGUAAAGUAAGAAUAAAUAUGUGUUCAGAGUUUGUCAGACCAAAGAAGAAAGUGUUAUUAACC